CGGGAGAAAGAGGCGAGAUAAAAGAAGAGGAGAGGGUAGGUACGAAUCGAUUAGGUCUGUCGGCCAUUUUGUUGGCGGCUCGAGCCGGCCAAGUGUCCCACAGCUGCCCCCAGGAGGCGUGGAAGCGACGGAGUCGACUCCACCGGGAGAACGAAUAGCUCGACGUCGGCGUGGAAUCGAGGCUCGAAUUCUCGCGAGCGGAUAGGACGUGGAUGAGCGGGUCGAGUGGUGGGACUGAAAUCGGAGUGGGGUCGAAAAGGUCGACCUCGAAGGUGGGGGCAUCGACUGGUUAGGUUGGGUUCUAUAGGAACCUAACCGGCAGUCAGUGCCUCCUAGGGCCCCGCGCCGUCAGUCUCGUUGGUGUUGCGUCGUGUAACGUGUCCUCUCUUUCUCUCUUUUUUCUCUCUCUCCUCCUUUUUCUUCCUCGAGCCCUCUCCCUCUCUCCUUUCCAUCCCCUUUCCCUCGUGCGUAUAUACUUUUUAUUUUUCUUUUUUUUUUUCCUCGUCGUCACGAUCAACGCCGUCAUUGUCGGUCGCGAGUGAUAAGGAAAUAAUAAUUGCACACACGUGCCACUUUCCACGUUUCUCGUCUCUGACGGAUGCCGCGCAUUCGCCACUUUCUGUCGGACCACGCUCGUCAUUCUGGUUAAUGGGAUAGCACAACCGACGUUCUGCUCCGGAACACUUACUUCUCCACGAGAUCGACUAAACGGCACUUCGGAUUCGGUCGAGCCGUAGGUCGACGAAGAACGAUUCUUUACCGUGGCACAAGAUCGACGGAGUAAAGAGUCUCGGGGUGCCUAGACCGGUGAUCUGCGUAGCGAUCGCGUCAACAACGUCUCCCGGAUCGGUUAAGAAAGUUCCGCAGAGACGGAAUGUUCGCGUGACGGAAUGUUUAUGUGACAGGAGGACGUUGGAAGAAUCGAAGAUCGCAAUAUCCGUCAGACGAUAUCGCAAACGCCCAAGGAAUUUAUCGAGAAAAGUAAUUUGUGCCGAUAACAUCUGUGCUUUCCGGUAGUAGUAAUCGUUUUCGAGAGAAUCGUGGACAAAUAUCGACCAGGGUAAGAUGCAAAGGACGUCGUUCGCCCGGAAGAUCGCAAAAUGGCGUGGGCUCCGGUAAGCUAUCGCUGCGAGUGCGAAUCUUCUCGCUGAAAUCGUACAAACCCGAUUCGAUUCGUUCGUUCCGUGGACCAGUGGCUGUGAAAACGAAAUUCCACGACCAACAUGGUUGCAACGGAAUUCGCGCGAUAACCAAAGUGCGAGACACAGCGAGUAACGCGAAGCUUCACGAAUUCCACGAGCUACGGCUGUUCCGCGGCGGAUAGUCGAUAGCCGGUGAAAAUUCUCGAUUAGAGACUCGAGAAUGAAACUACGAAUAUCUGUCGCGACUGACACGUGCAAUCGCCAACCGGACGACACUGUUGGAUCGGUGAAAGCGGGCCAGAGGCGAAGGAAACUGAACUAAAUUCUGUCACAACGCAGCCGAUUCAUCCGAAUACCUUGGACUCGAGCGCAGACUGGAAAUAUUCGUUCUUGAACGAAUUCGUGUGUCGUUCGACCAGCGAAUCGAAUGUCGUAACUUUGUAAAAAAAAAAAAAAAAAAAAAAAAGAAGUGGUUUCCGGUUCAUUUCGUGAGUCGACGAUUCCCUUGGUGAAUUUGAUCGGGAAGGGAAAGAGAGUUCGAACGUCGAGGUCGAGACUUUAGUCAAAUUCUGUAUAGAAAAGUAAGUACGGCCGACGGUCGUACUUGGCACGAAGGCCUCAAGAUUGCUCGAAAAUCGUCGAGAGAGGUGCGCAGGGCAGGAAGAGCGAUGGAAAUCGGGGGUGCAGCGAUGCAGAGGAUGGCCGCUGCCGGAGGGCCCGGGCCUCUCAGCCUUCAGGGCCCUCCAAGGUCAGUGAAAAUCUCACCCGUUAACAUACAGGACGAGCCCGGUGACCUCACUUCUCAGAAGAGCACAAGUUCGCAUUGCGUGGGAUGCGGCGGUCGAAUUCACGACCAAUGGAUACUGCGAGUUGCACCAAAUCUGGAAUGGCACGCCGCCUGUUUAAAAUGCGCGGAGUGCCAGCAAUUUUUGGACGAGCACUGCACUUGCUUCGUACGAGAUGGGAAAACUUAUUGUAAACGCGAUUAUGUCAGAUUGUUCGGAACAAAGUGCGACAAGUGCAGUGAGUGCUUCAGCAAAGACGACUACGUAAUGAGGGCAAGGAGCAAAAUUUAUCAUAUAAAGUGCUUCCGAUGUUCAGCCUGCAUGAGGCAGCUAGUUCCUGGCGAUGAAUUUGCCUUGAGACAGGAUGGCCUCUUUUGUCGACACGAUCACGACGUUCUCGAGGGUGGGAAACUGUGCUCGGGGCCUGGUGGUGUUCCUGGAAGCGAGAACAACAACAACGCGUCCCUUAUGAAUAAUAAUCAUCAUUUGCACCCCAACGACGGCUCGAUAUCAGAUUCCGGGUCUGAAAGCGGGUCGCACAAAGCUGGCGUGGGUGGUACUCGAGGAUCGGGCGGCCAUAAAAGCGGCGGCGGUUCUGACGGCAAACCAACCAGAGUUCGCACUGUUCUAAACGAAAAGCAACUUCACACACUGAGAACUUGCUACGCCGCGAAUCCGCGGCCGGACGCGUUGAUGAAGGAACAAUUGGUGGAGAUGACGGGACUGAGUCCACGCGUGAUAAGGGUAUGGUUCCAGAACAAACGGUGCAAGGAUAAGAAGAAGACGAUCGCCAUGAAACAACAGAUGCAGGAAAAGGAUGGCCGUAAAUUAGGCUUCGGUGGAAUGCACGGAAUUCCUAUGGUGGCUAGCAGUCCCGUAAGACACGAGAGUUCUAUAGGGAUGACACCGCUAGAAGUUCAAGCUUAUCAACCACCGUGGAAAGCCCUUUCAGACUUCGCCUUACAUACCGAUUUGGAGAGGCUAGAUCCUAAUACUCCUUCUUUUCAUCAUCUGGUGUCGCAGAUGCAUGGUUACGAUCUUCACAGCGGACCGCCACAAUUACCACCGCCAGGGAUGCUUGGUGGACCGAUGAACGAUGGCGGAGGCGGCGGGGGCGGUGGUUCUUUGCCACCCCCUGGCCCACACCACCCCAGUAGCGGCGGCCCAGACAUGGGCCAACACCCUGAUAGCACGGAUAGCUAUGUAACUUACCUCGAAAGUGACAGUGACUCUCUUCAUCACGAUACAGGAAGUCCAUAGUGUUGUGCAGUGUGGCCAGAACGAAAGUGUCCGCUUUCUUCGUGGUCUUCUUUCAAUAAGUGCUUGAAGAGAAUCGUAGUCUGCGAGAACAAAUAGGACGAUUACGGAUGGCUGGAAAAGAAAGAAAAUUUGCGUUAUUAAAUCGCGGCUCUUUGCGCAAGGAAACCUGAUCCUUUCGCGCUUGAUUUUAUAAUCGAAGAAGAACGCGUGUGAAACGUUGUUUGAUCGAGAGAAAAUCUUCCCUUGCGAGACGAAUUGGUGUAAAAAUUCGGUUUAACGACGUGCCAGGGUAAUCUAACCAUAGAUUAACUGAAUCCUUCGAUAGGGCUAACGUUAAAAUUAUUGAUCGACCACGCGAGUAUCGCGUUACACGGAAAGUUUUGCAGAAUUAGACGAAUUCGGCAGAAAUGUUGCGUUUGAUUAGUAUUAUUAUUAUUAUCGAUUGUUUUUCGAAAUUACUGUCGAUCGAUUAAAAGAAAAAUUUGUAUUUCCACGCGUAAGGGUUAAGAAAUAUCGUCGUUUUCGAUAGAAACAAGCAAAUUACAGGAACGAUAUGAUUUGCAGAAACGCGAGCUUAAAAUAGCCGAACGAUAGAACAAUUAUUUAAAUUGCUAUUGUUGUGUCGACAGAAACAAUCGAAAAUUACUGUACGAUCUGUAAAAAGAGAAAUACGUAUCUGAAAAAGUCUGAUUAAUUUUUGGGGCGAAUAAAUAAAAUUAAUCAUUGUUUGACGUAAGUACGUAUUAUUUUACCAGAUCGUAGUUUCGUGCUCGAUAUUUCGUAAUUAAAACACUUGUGUCGCGAACGAGAAAAAUUCGAUACAUAAUGAACGCAUUCGUUCGCGAGAAAUCUCAGGUAGGAUAUGUAUAAUGAUUCGUGAAUGAUGUGGACAAGCGGAUUUGUCGACUGAAUAAUUGCUCGUUUGUUACGAAACGGUAAUUGAUAUUUAACGGAACUGGCGAAGGAAGUAUGUAAAAUACUGCGCCAAUAUUUUCAAAUGAAAUACACCGAUGUAAAAAGUCGUUUUCUUCGCGAAACUGACAGCGAGUAAUCGAAUAAUUGCGAAUUAAGGACAAAUUUUAUCAUGAUUAUUGUAAUUUCUAAAGCAUGCGAAAGGAGAUUGCAAUAAAUGACGAUCAAACUGAUUGUAUGUCGAGUUGAUUUUACCAUUGUAUCGAUGUCUUUGAACGAAAUUCGCCCUUAUGCACUGAAAUUGUAUUGAAUUGAUAAAAUUGUGAUCGACGAAUUUCAUGAUGAAUAUUAUAUAUAAUUUAUUAAUUAUCGUUUAGGUACAUAGGAUUAUUUAACUAUUUAAUAAAUUAGAGAGGCGAUUAAUUCGUUUGUUUAUUCUUUAUGCAAUUUCAGUGUAUCGUUCAUGGGUGAAGGGGUGCAAUAAAUAUAAUACAUUUUCUUAGGUCAAGGUAUCGCAUUAACAUCGAAAGAUAUUAAUGUUUUGAAAUUGAAUGAAUCGAUUAAAAGUGGUCGAAGGUGUAUCUGAAACUCUGUUCUGCGCCGAAGUACAGUAAUUUCAUUGAGGAAUGAUGAUUCAAUUGUCCGCGAUAGCUUUUUUUCCGAAUGUCAUUUCAGCCAGUUCGAACGACCAAAGAAUGCUUUUAUCACGAUAGAAAGACGAAAACGAAAAGAAAAGGACGAAGCAGUGUCAUCAACAGAGUUGGACAAACUUGUAAAUCGCCGUAUAUAAAAAGUAAGAAUUGACGUGGAUGAAUAUACACUGAUAGAUAAAAUGUUUGCUUCGAUAGUUUUCUUCGUAACAUAAUCUUCCUUCUUUUGAAUUGCAGUGUAUUUUGCACGACAUAAAUUAUUUUAAGCAACAGAAUAAUUAUUAAACAUUCAUUUCCGUAACAGUAAAACUAGGAGGAGCCAUUACAAAUUCCUCGAUCACAAAUUUUACGUAACAAACAAAAUAAUAUUUGUCGAUCGAUCUAACCAAAUCGAUAUACCCAAGAAGCAAGUUACUUUCAAAUUUAUUACAUAAUACCUUAUUUAUUGUGUACAACUUUUUAAUUACCUAAAUCAUACUCGAAACAACUUCUAAGACUAUCGGCGACAGACAUUUAUUCAAAUAAAAUGUAUUUUAUCGGUUACAAGAAAUAUGUAUCUAUACACUUACCUACAUGAUUUAUUGAUUAUCAACUAUUUUUAUUCCAACUCGCACAACUCGUCAUUGACACUAUUUGCAACAAUUAAAAAUUUCCAAAUACGACUUAAAGAUUAUUUUUAAUAAUAUCUAUUGUAUUAUCUAUUGCAAAAUAAGAAAACAGGUUAUAUCGUGCUUUCCAACUCUGUUUCUUCGUCCGCAUUAUUGUGAAUACAGAAGUGAACGAUUGUCACACUGUAAAUAUAGUUGUGUCCACUACAUAUAAAUUUGAAUCAUGAUGUACCGUCAGACGCAACUAAUUCAUAAUAUUGAUUACACGAAUAGCCGAGUUAUGUAUAAAGGAUUAAAAAAAAAACAUAAAAAAUGCAAGUAACAUUGACGAUAGCGCAUUACCCCCUGAUUUAUGUUGUAACAAAUCAUAUUGUAAACGCAGGUACAUAUGUACAUUCGAUUAAUACCAAAGUGUGCGAAACUUCAUGUGAACACGGAAACGCACUGAAUUGUAUUGUAAAUAUCGUCUCUAACCCUCCCCUUCCUCCUGAUCCUAACCUCGUUGUCGCUAAUUAGUGGUUCGUUUUAGUGGUGAUUCGUUUAGAUGUUUGUAUAGAAUCGUUCCAUCACCGCUCCUCUCGUAAUGUACAUGUUUUGAAAGGGAGAACACCGUAGACCUAACAUUUUCGUAAUCUAUUCGAAUCGUCUUCGAAUUUGUAUAAUAUUUCUAUACCGGCGCACACGUAAUAAACUGUCCAAUUAAAUUA